GUAAUAGAAAUGUAUUCAAGUGGAGGUGAUUUGCAUUUAGAACUUCCUUCAGGCUUGGAGGAAGCACCACAAAAACAUUAGGAGAUUCCACCUUAUGAAACUAAAGCACUCAUGCGAGUAAGCUUUGUUGGAAGAGUAGCCACAAAUCACACAGCAUUUAUUCGUAUUAAAGCUAGCCAACCAGCACCUUCCCAGGAGCUGCUUAUUUUACCAGUAGAAGUAGAAGUUUCAUCAGCACCUGGACUAUUUUCCUCCACUGACAUGUUAGACUUUGGAACACUUAGAACAAUGGAUGAACCCAAAAGUAUUGGAUUAUAUCUUCUAAAUGCUGGUCACAAGCAAGUUCAUAUUUCGGCAAUAACUGUGGAACCACCAAACAGUGCAUUGUCCAUUAGUUUCACUCCCACUCUAUUAAAGCCAGGAUCAAAAUACAUCAAAAUAGCAACUGCUACAUAUUCUGCUUUCCAUGUAAAGAGAAGUAGACAAACAAGUGGAAAAGUGCAAAUAAAAACAAACAGCAAAAUUUCUCCAAAGCUGGAAAUUCCAUAUCAAGUGAACAUUCUGCAGGGGACAAUAGCAUAUUCUGUUAGCAAGACAAGAUUCUUUGUAGGAAAGCCUCCAUUUGUUCCUGUUUCAAGGGAACUUCCUAUCACAAACACAUUUGGCUUCACAAUGAUAAUUUAUGAUGCUGCCUUCCCAUCUGAGGUGGAAAAUGUAUUUUCUAUUGUAAAUUUUACAAAGCCAGCCAUGAUACCGCCUCAGAGUACAGUGACGCCUUUCUUUGUUCAGUUCCUAGCCAAUGGUUCAGACAUGGCAUUCUCAACCAUUCUAAGAGUAUACACAAAUGCAUCCAUUUUUACUCUGCCUAUCCACUGCUUUGAUGGAAAACUUAAGUAUGUUGUGGAUGGCUUGGAGGAAGAUGUAGUUGACUAUGGCACAGUAGGAACAGGGGAAAAUAGAACAAAACUUAUUAAAAUCUUCAACAGUAAUCCAAUAGAGGUCACUAUUUACAGAAUUGUAUGUAAUCUUCAGUUUACAAAAAUUAGACUAUUAGAAAUCAGAUCUAAUAAUGAGAGCAAGCAAUCUAGAGGGAAUAACAGCCAGUCCAGUACCACUGAUCAGCCACUGAACAGCCAAGCUGAAGAUGGCAAGGUUUCUAUCAAGCCUGGCUAUGUAACAUAUUUUAGUGUGGAGGUCUCUGUGCCCAAGAUAGAGGGACAGUACAUUGGAGAAAUAGAAAUGGAAACAGAUUAUGAGACUCUUCAUAUCCCUCUUUACUUAAAGUCAAUGGAUGGAAAGAUAGUUUCCUCUCCGGUGUCCAUAGUUUUCCAACCUGGAUUUCCAGGUCAAAUUGUGAAUCAUACCCUCACGCUCUUAAGUUCCUUCUCCAACACUCUGAAGCUUGUGUCAGUCAAACCUUACCCUUUAAAUGAUCAAUUUUCAUUUGAGCCUGUGAGUUCUGAGAUGCUCUUACUACCCAAUGAGAAAGUUCAGGUUGGACAAUUAUUUUAUGAUCCACUGAAAGGGUGUAAAACUCAAUGUUAUACAGGAAUACAUGCAAGUGACCAGUGGCUCUCAAGUUUUUCCUUACCUUCCAAUGUUGGGGAAAUUGAUAGUCAAUUCAUGGAAAAAAAUCAGAAGUUUUUCUCUUCCUUAGAACGAUUAGGAAAGAAUAAGUUAAAUAUAUCUUUUAUAAUAGAUACAGAUGUUGUUAAAGGGUUCCACAUCCCAGUACAAGCAAGUCUUUCAUGGCCGUCAUUUUCAUCAGACAAACCAGUAAAAUUUCCUCUAACUCACCUUGGAAAUUUCUCCACCAAAUUCUUCACUCUGGAAAAUCCAGCAGAUGUCCCUGUCAUGGCUCAGAUUGUGCCCUUCUCUCUGUACCCUCAGGGUGUAUGGGAUUUGUUAGCUGAUAGGUUUGAUACAGAAGCUUAUGGAUUUGAUCCAGAUGAUAACACUUUCUCAAUUCCAGAAGAGGAGGAUGAGUCAGCCACAUUUAACAAAGAUAUAGCUCACGCUCCUGGCACAAUGGUUACUGUCCUUAGUCCACGCUCUGUUGUCAAGAUACCUGUACAAUUUCAACCCAAGGAUGAGCGACUCAAAACUUCUGUAAUUCUCAUUAGAAACAAUCUCACAGUCUUAGAUGGAAUAUUAGUUCAGGGACAAGGUGCCCGAGGAGAGUUUACUCUCAAUGGCAAGAGGCCUGGGACACAUAGCACCCUAUUAUUUGAGAUUAAACCAAGUCAGCUAGCAGAUUGUCACAAAGCAGCUCCCCGUUCGCGGUCGCUUCCAUCCUUGUCAGUAAUGAAGACAGUCACAGCGACAAAUCCUGGUCAGCUCGCUAUGUUCAUCAGCUCUCUCAGUAUUAAUGGCUACGAAUGUGAAGGAUUCGGCUUCAAAAUCAUGAACUGCAAGUCUUUUAUCCUCAAACCAAAUACAUCAAGGAAGAUAGAAAUCACGUUUACACCAGACUUUUCAAUGUCUCGAGUAACUCGCAAACUAGAAGUGAAAACCACCCUCGGUCCUAUAAUGGAGUUCACGCUGGUAGCAACAAUUCCCACGCACCUCCUUCCCCUGUGUUCCACGACUCUUGGCCGCAAUUCCUGGGAGCCAGUCGUACAAGGAGUCGCUGUUGUACUCAUGGGUGUGGUCUUCUUAGCUGUUGUUAUUGCCGCUUACGCUGAGGCGCGCAGGCUCGUGUUCCUCUCGCAUCCGGAGAUGCAACUGCUACAAAUGAAAGAAGAACGAGGGCCGAUAUUUGAUUUGAAUGCAAUUGCUGGAGUCAAGAAACACAAAGUUCCUGUCAGAGAAGAACUAACAGUCGGACAAAAAAGAAUCAGAAGAGAACCUCAGCGAGACAGCAGCAGUAGAGAAACAACCCCUGUAACACCUGACAGACCAUCAAGCUGCGACACUGUGACAACGAGCUUAGCCAGUAAUCUACCCACAAAUAAUAAUAUCAAAAAUGUCACAGCCAACACCACGAGGCAAGAUAACAACGGAACGCGAAAUCGAAAUGCAAGGACUGAAAUGACAGUAAAAACCCUGUUGGGUGCGGCUGAAAGCACGGAACCUGGAGCUGCCAGGUCGUUAAGCCCUCCCAAUGAAAGCAAAACGUGUUCAGGAGGAAAAGAUAGCCACAGCAAAUCUAGAUGUACCGCAGAGAGUCGCGUAAAAAGCAGCUCAGAUACAACUGGAAAUACAACUCGGAAGAUCACUGAACCAAAGAAAAACGAACAGAGAACACUUGAAGAGAGCAGAAAAACAGAAGAGAAGAAUAAAUCAUUCCCAGAAGGUAUCAACGAUGAAAUUAUAAGUGUUGUCAUUCCAAACAAGUGCGAGUCGGCUCCCAAAAGAGACUCUAAGGAAUCCAAAGAACCGAAAGGAAAGCAGAAACGAAAAACCAAAGCCAUCGGCAAGAGAGAAGAGAAAGACAAGAAAGUAAAGGCUAAAGAAACUACAACAGUGAAGGGUAAAGACGAAGAAGGAGGGUUGUCAGAUGACAGCGGCAGUGAUGGAUCAUCAGACAAAUCCACACCAGAGGUUAGAAUACAACAGCCUUCAAAGGAGACAAACAGGACAAGACAGUCGGGUAGUCUACCCACUGACACACAACAUGUUCACCUCAGAGAACACCAGCAGCAACAGCAGCAGCACGGCAGUGUAGCCAAGCCUGUGAGUCAUACCGCAGCUUCUGCCGAGUUAGGUGACACGUGCAAAGAAAGAGGGAAGGCUCGCAAGACCCAUGCUACAGCGGACAAUGGUAAGUCAAAGAAAGGGGAAGCACAAACGGUUAACGGAGCACCACGACCCAAGAACUUGGAGGUUCCAGCGAAAGGUCAGAACAGCGGACAGGUCAGCAAAAGUCAAAGCAGUGCCAGUAGUCCAGACAGUCUGAAACCAAGCGAAUUCCGCCAUCCUGGCGCAACAUCUCCACAUGCCAUCGCCGCCGCUGUUAUGUCACUAGCUCUGGGCAAGAACAUGCAAGCGUCUUCAAAAGAGAACAACUUUGACGAGCAGGAGCUUAACAAGAGGAAGGCGUACACCAAGACCUCUGCCCUGUCGCCUGCGCUGUCUGAUUCGCCACCUCCCACCUCUCCCACUAUGUUGAGCGGCAGCAGCCGAAGCAGUAGCUACAGUAGCAUUGUCAGCAGUGAUAGUUCAAAUGGCGUGGAGCAGGUGAAGCCACCAAUGGUGAAGGGCAACAAGACUCGUGUCAAGAGCACUAAGUCAGCUCCCCUUGAGGGUGGGGCUGGUCCAUCUUGGUCAUCAGCAGGUUCUCGGAAGUCUAUUAAAGCGGGUGAUGACCUUGGCCUAUCUAACCUGAGGCGAAACCCUUGGAACAUGUCAGAUUCUCCCAAAUCACCGCGUAGCCCAGUUGGAGAUCGACCUGUUGUACCCACUCAAUAUCGUCGUCCUCCUCCUCACAGACCUUCCUUGCCUGAGAAUCAGCCGUUCCCCCGAGGUGGCUUGACGAAGCAAGGGUCUCAAGGCGAGCAAAAGUUUGGUUUAUUUGACCUGAGUGAUUAUGGCCUUUCGGACAAUGGUGCUUCACGGAACAGAGGCCACCCUCCUUUGUGGACCAGCAGCGACCAGUGCUAUAACAACCCUGACAGUCUGUUUAGCUCUUCGUCUCGUUCUUCAGAGGAGCAGUUUCCUGGGAAGAGUGCCCGACAUUCCAACAACUGGGUGAACUUCCUGGAUGCCAGUAACACCAACAGUGGCGUGGUGUCCAAUAACAAGACUAUGGCCGAGAUCUGGGACGUGGGUAACUCCCCUCUGGACAGUGAUGGAUGGUCCAUAUACUCACCUAGGCCAGUAGCUCCGGGUCAGGUUGUGAGUUCCGAGGCAGAUGCUGUUGAUGCCCUGUUCAGUCAGAUACCAGACUGGUCUGGAGCAGGAGCUGUACCCGAGCCACCCCCGUUCAGCACCCAAGAGGUAUCCUGGACACCACCACCUGACGUGUCCACAAUCUGGGGCAGCGGAUACCUUGGUGCAACCUCCACUGCAGAGUCCUUCCCCACUUCAUCUGGGGCUUCUUUUGUCACCUACCCAGCACAGCCGCAACAGAACCAAGAUUCAUUGCCAACAUUUGAUCCUCUCCUCGGAAGCAGCAUCUGGAAUCCGUCUAGUGCGUCAUCUACUUGGUCCCCCACCUCAGAAUGAGUAAACGCCAACUACAGCAAGUCUCGUUUUCAACAAUUCGGGGCUUUCAUUUGACAUUUUCCACUUGUUCUUAGUAAGUUUUUCUGUGGAAAAGCUUUCAAAAGGUGAACUCCAGGGUCAUAAUCCUGUCUCUUCUCAUUAGCUUUGUUCCUUGCUUUGAUAUUUUCCUUACACUGACUAAAACAUCCACAAGUUUCGUGUGUGUUUAAUGUGGCCCCAUUUCUGACCACUCGUCGAUCGAAAUGUUCCUGUAGAAAUCGUGUAAACUGUGGAUAAGUUACCGUUUAACUUCUUUGUUUCCUAGAGGCGGGAUUAUCCUUGGGAAUCACCUUUAGGGAGGGACCAUUAAUUUUUUGAGGGGGGUGGGUAAUUUUCUGGGGCAUGAAAUCUGUAGGUUGUGCGUGAUUUUUUUGGGUGGGCAAAAGCUUGUGCAAGAAUCUUUUUAAAGUCAAAUACAUGACCUAGAUGGUAGAAAAAGACUUGGACGAUUUUUUGUUCCAGCAGUUUUUGCUAUGCAUUAAUUUUUUUUGAAAUUGUUCAACCCGCCCUCCCACCCCCUCAAAAAAAUAAUGGUCCAUCCCUUAUAUGCUAAUUUUGGGAAGUCCUGGUAUGGUUAUAAAAAGGAUCAAGUAGGACAAGACAAAGAGUAGCUGAGUAGCUUUUAAGAAAAUUUGGUGGCGUUUCCUAUUCAGGUGUUAUGAUAUCGAGAUGUUGGUAAUUCGUGCCAGGACAUGUUAUUGAUUUGUCAAGGUGAUGGUUAUUGGCUGUAAAAGUGGUUGGUGGCUUCACCACUUUGGGGUGCUUGUUAGGUUUUGAAGUGGGAACCACGUUUCUCUGUUGUUUGAAAAACGGAUUUAGCAUUUAUGAAGAUGCUACUGGCAGCCUUAGAUUGUGUUCUAGGCCGGCGCGGCGAGUUGUAGUCGCGUGCAUUAGCUUAUAACUGGUGGAUGCGAGGCAAAAUGCUUGCUUGAUUGUAUCUCUUAAAAAGAAUUAGAAAGAUUUACUGCUUUACCUAGUCUACGCAAAUUAAGCAUCAACAAAACGCAUUUUCAUUUCAGAAGUCAGUCACACAUGAAAAUUUACUCCGAACUUUCCUAGAGUUAGCUUGGUUCGACGAGUAUAAUCCCCAGAGAACCCCUGUUAGUAGGUUGCUAAUGCUGACAGCAGCUUUUACCAGCGUAACCCUAGUGCCAGGCGCUCCUCUUCUCUGCGGUACCGUGGCGAAGAGGAGACCUGGUACUAGGGUUUGUGACGGCGCGCUCAUAUGCCUGCCGCAGUCUUUGUUAGACCGCUGUUCCGUUAUUUAUAAGAAGACCCCGUUAUUUAUUGUUUUCCAGAAGUUUUGAUAUAUAAAAGAGUAACUAAAAGUGAGUGCAAAGUGAGUUAUUUGGGUGCUUUUUAUGCUGACACCAUUUUGUACUGUAGAGGAUUUUAUAAGAAUUGUUGCUAAAUAAAGUUUUGUAAAAUCAAAGGUCAA